UUUUUCCGCACUGCUGUUUGGAGAUACAAUUUAUUCAACGGCAUUCACAAAGUUAUUGCUGGAUGCGUGUUUGAAAGAGACAUCUUUCUCAAUAGACAAGCUUUGACCAUGCGGGGCCCCGACGUCACGCAAACCCCCUGCUGUGUUUUACGCUUGAAGCGGAGAGUGAGUGGAGGAAGAAGGGCAGCCUGAGGGCAACUUUUCGAGUGGAACAUCACAAAAAUAGCUUUUCGUGCUGUUCGAAAAUGGCUCAUAUAACGAGCGAAGGGGCCGAACAAGAUUCUCAGCCGACGUCGGAUCAAAACGGAACCGGAGAAGCUGCAGAAACCGGCAAGGAGGGACAGGCCGUGCCGGACCCCAAACAGGAACCGGGCGACAACAACGAGAACAGAGCAGGAAUGGACGUGAACAGUGGUCAUGGUGCGGCGGUGGAGGACGGGGACAACCUGCUUCGUGUUCCCGACGCCGACAAAGAAACCGUGUUACCGACCGAAAAGACCAACAACGACGACGGGGAACCCAGCAGUAAACUCUCUGAACCGGUGAAAAGUCCCGCACAGGGGAGUUUGGCGAGUGGCACUGAUUCCGCACAAGAGGGCUCCCGGGUGCUGAAACAAGAACAAAGAGAGGGGGAGAACGUGUCCUCCUCGCCGCCUGCCGAGCGCACAAAGACCGCGGAGAAAGCCGAGCACGGCACCAAGAGACCGGCCAGCGUGGAACUGACCCCGUCGAAUGGAGAGCCGCUCAGUCGGAUGGAUUCAGAAGACAGUAUCGGCAGCACCCUGAUGGACAUGGAGAGCACGGCGUCCAGCGGUCGCUCCACCCCGGCGAUGCUGAACGGUCACAGCGCGGUGGCGGGGAGUGGCUCGGCACCGGCAGGGGGCAAGUCUCUGAGCUACACGUGCUGCUGGGAUCACUGCCAGCUGCUGUUUCUCAGCAGCCCCGACCUGGCCGAACACAUCAGAGCCACACAUGUGGACGGACAGAGAGGAGGGGUGUUUGUGUGUCUGUGGAAGGGCUGCAAGGUGUACAACACACCGUCCACCAGUCAGAGCUGGCUGCAGAGACACAUGCUGACCCACAGUGGAGACAAGCCAUUCAAGUGUGUGGUGGGAGGCUGCAACGCCACGUUUGCCUCUCAGGGGGGGCUGGCCCGUCACGUCCCCACUCACUUCAGCUCACAGAGUUCAUCCAAAGUGUCCAGUCAGGGCAAAUUGAAGGAGGAGUCUCCAUCCAAGGCUGGCCUCAACAAGAGGAGGAAACUCAAGAACAAACACAGACGCUCCCUCCAUGCCAGUGUAGAGCAGACUGGAAACGGGGGAGAGAGAGAGAGGGGUAAGACAUGCAACAAAGGUCCCAUGGCUGGAAUUGAACCGGGGACGUCGUGCUUAUGUGCCCGACCACAUGACUUCUUUGACGCUCAGACCAUGGACGCCAUCCGCCAUCGAGCCAUCUGCCUCAACCUGGCAACACACAUCGAGAGCUUGGGCAACGGACACAGUGUGGUCUUCCACAGCACGGUAAUAGCCAGGAGGAAAGAGGACUCUGGGAAAGUGAAGGUCUUGUUGCACUGGACACCUGAAGACAUACUGCCAGAUGUGUGGGUGAAUGAGAGCGACAGACUGCAGCAGAAGACCAAGGUGGUUCAUCUGUCCAAGCUGCCUACAGACACAGCUAUACACCUGGACCCCAACAUCUACAGGAUGUUCUUCUAACCACCUCCAGGGGAGCGCCACUGUCACUUCCUGCUUAUCUAACCUCAAGGAGGAGAUUGCCUCCUUUUCUCUUCGUCUCCAUCUCUACGUUCCUCUUCUCCCCUCCACCGUCUCCCAGAGGAUGCUGGGAGUUUGCUGACUUAUUUGUCAUGGCUGUCUGCGGCCACCAGUGUUUUCAGCAUUAGGUGCUGAGUUUACAGGGGGCAUGAAGGGGGAGAUGUUGCUUGUUUUAGGUAACACGACUAGACUGAAAACUAACUGACAGAAGUGUAACUGUAGACAGACACGUGUAGAGAGAAGCUGUCUUUGUAAAUACUUGAGAUUUGUAAUAUAUUUUUAUACUUUGAAUUUUUUUACUGUAGAUAGAUGUUUUUUUUUCUGCCAAACGUUUUUAAAUAGAUGUUUUAAAAACUGAUGAUACUGGUCAUGUGCAUAUAGCUGGCAUUUCUCUGGUUUGAUGUCAUUAAACUUUUCCAACCUACGCUUA